UGUUAUGAUUCAGAGUUAUUUUAUUUAGCUGAUUCUAUUGUCGAAUUUAUCAAUUCUGUGUAAAAAUGAGUAGCAGCGAGAGCGAAGAUAAUUAUGAUAACCCCGAGAAAACUGAAGAUCUCGACGACGGGGAACGAACUGCCAUUAGGUCCGAGUUAUCGUCUCUAUCGUUCGAGGAACUGCAAAAGUUAAAGGAAAGAAUUGGAGCCAAAGUGUACAAGGAAGCCAUAUUUGGAAAAAAAGAUGGCAAAAUUGAAUCGGUUAAACCGAAGGUGUUUAAAAGGGAAAAUAAGAACAGACCCCGAGAAAUGAGCGCCAAAAAGCCUGUGUCGAUGAUGAUUGACGUGCCCAAACUGAGGAAAAAGGAAAUUCGUGAUCCCAGGUUCGACCCUCUCUGCGGAGAAUUCAACAAGAAGCAGUUUGCCGAUGACUACAAUUUCCUAACAGAAAUGCGCAUGAACGACAUCAAAGCCACCAGGGCCGAGUUGCGGCAGACCACAGACCCGGAGAAGGCCCUGAAGCUGCGCCGUCUGCUGCAGAGGCUCAACGAGCAGCACAAGGCCAGCAGAAUGAAAAAGACGGAGAGAAUGGAGAUGGAGAAACAGAAGAAACAGGCUGAGAAAGAAGUUCGCGAGGGGAAACAGCCUUACUAUAAAAAUAAAUCUGAAAAACGCGUGGAAGCCCUAGUGUCCCAAUUCGAAGAGCUCCGCAAAGAGGGCGCCACCCGCGUGCAGAGACACAUCAAGCGGCGUCAGCAGAAAGUCAAGCGGCGCUCACACAAGGCCCCGACAGGUGUCAGCUGAUUCCGUAUCAUUGCCACAUUG